AUGUCAGGUAUAGCACUUGGACGACUCGGUGAGGAGAGGAAAGCUUGGAGAAAAGAUCACCCAUUUGGCUUUGUGGCCAAACCAACAAAAAAUCCUGAUGGCACAUUGAAUCUUUUGAAUUGGGAAUGUAAAAUACCAGGCAAGAAAGGGACACCAUGGGAGGGUGGUCUGUAUAUGCUGAGAAUGCUUUUCAAAGAUGAUUACCCAAGUUCACCUCCAAAGUGUAAAUUUGAGCCGCCACUGUUUCACCCAAAUGUGUACCCGUCUGGUACAGUCUGUCUUUCAUUGCUGGAUGAGGAAAAAGAUUGGCGCCCAGCUGUUACCAUAAAACAGAUUCUCCUUGGCAUCCAGGAACUUCUGAAUGAACCAAAUAUAAAAGAUCCUGCACAGGCUGAGGCAUAUACAAUUUAUUGCCAAAACCGUGCGGAGUAUGAGAGACGUGUCAGAGAGCAAGCUUCCAGAUUCCGGGAUCCAACCUACAAGUAA